UGGAAAGAGAGAAUUUUGAUACAUUCUAAUAUUUAAGAGUACAAAAUUCUUUUAAUUUCUUUUUUGAAAUUUCUUAUCUAAAUCAAAACUAGACAAAUAAUUUAUUUUUUUUAAAAGGAAGGAAUAAUAUUUAUUUACUGUCUGGUUCUGAAAGUAUGAUUGCUGUUCUAGUGACGUAAAUAUUUUAUCCUAGAGAGUGAUUGACCAAUAAAGAUGCUAGUCAUUUUGUGGUUGAUGUAUCCACGGCAGCAGACGGAGGUCGUAAUCAAGUGAGAACAACGCCUUUGGCUCUUCUCUAUUCUCCUCUCAUCUUCUAAAUUUGCAGUGUUGUGCUAGAGACAACUCGUCUCAGAUCAGUAAGAAACAUGGAAAUCACAGAGUUGGUUUUUAUUCCAGGGCCAGGAAUGGGUCACCUCGUUGCUGCUGUGGAAAUUGGCAAGUUACUCACCAGCCGAGCCCAUUGGCUUUCAAUUACUUACUUCAUCAUCGAUCUUCCAAUUGAAACCGGUGUGCAUACCUAUACGAAGACGCUGGCCGCAAUGGACGAUUCUACCACUUCGCGCCUGCGUUUCUUGCACCUUUCUACUCCUCAACCUCCAAGUAACAAUCUUUCAAAUCAAGAAGCUCUUCUUGUUGAGAUUUUUGAUAAUUCCAAGCAGCUAGUAAGAGAUGCAAUAGUCCACAACUUCAUGACAAUUAAGGGUAAGUCAGGUUGUACUCGACUUGCUGGUGUGAUUGUUGACAUGUUCAGCGACAAAAUGAUACAAGUAGCAACAGAGCUCGGUCUACCAAGCUACGUAUUCUUCACUUCUAGUGCUGCCUUUCUUGGCCUCAUGUUUUAUGCACAGACACUUAAAGAUGAACACAAUCGUUACAUCUCCGAUUUCAAGGACUCGGACACGUUACUUCCUGUUUCGACUUACGUCCAUCCUCUUCCAGCUAAGGUUCUGCCAAGUGUCAUGCUUGAUAAAUAUGGCCGUUUACACCUACCUCUGUCUACUGCUCGAAUGAUACGACAAGCAAAAGGAAUCAUAAUUAACACUUUCAUGGAGCUCGAGCCUCAUCCAAUUAAAUCCCUCACUAAUGAUAAUGGGGUUCCGUCUAUAUACCCAGUUGGGCCUAUAAUCAAUCUGAAUCAAGAACCAGACGAGAGUAUCAAUAGCUGGUUAGAUGAUCAACCAGAUUCUUCAGUACUGUUCCUCUGUUUUGGGAGCUACGGAUCCUUUGACGAGCAACAAUUGAAGGAAAUUGCAAUAGCCCUUGACCGUAGCAACUGCUUUUUCUUGUGGGCAUUACGAAAGCCGCAGGCUAAGGGUGAAAUAGGUGCUCCAGACGAUCUUGCACGUCCGGAGCAAGUGUUGCCUCAUGGUUUCUUGACACGAAAUAUGCAUAGAGGGAAAGUGAUAGGAUGGGCACCUCAAGUGGCGGUGCUAUCUCACAGGUCAAUUGGAGGAUUCAUUACGCACUGUGGCUGGAAUUCAAUACUGGAAAGCUUGUGGUUUGGAGUUCCAAUAGCAACAUGGCCUAUGUAUGCAGAACAACAAGUAAACGCUUUCGAGUUGGUCGUUGAUUUGGAGAUGGCAGUGGAUAUAAAGAUGGAGUAUCGGAGUGAGAGUCCCGUUUUGGUCACAGCAGAGGAGAUAAAGAGCAUCAUAAGGCGACUGAUGAUGGAUAGUACAGAGGAGAAGAAUGGUAUCAGAAAGAAAAUGGAAGAAUUACAAGAAAAAAGCAGGAAGGCCUUGUUAGAAGGAGGAUCAUCUUACUGUUUUCUGGAGAAUUUGAUCAACGAUUUCAAGGGUCAUUGGUCCAGUUGAAGGUUUUAAUUGUAUUCUGCUAUUUUGAGUUAUAGUUUUUGUAUGGAAAAUGUUUUCUGAAAAAUGUUUUUCUAUUUUUUCUUGUUUGAUUGUAAUAAAAUUGUUGACAAAAUAUUUUUCACAAUAACUCAUUUUCCUCAAUUUGAAGGAAAAUGACUUUCCUCGUGGGCCACAUUUGUUAUUUUCUAGAAAAUGAUAAAUGUGGCUUAUGACCCUAUCCUCACCCCUCUUUUUCACUCCAACAACACUCCAAUUCAUAUUACUCAAAAAACUUUCAUUACUCAAAAAUAUUUUUCAUUGUGCGUUGCUCCAAUUUUUCACUGCUUGAAAUAAAAAAUAGUGAAGUUCGAAUUUUUUCUA